GAUGUUCCCCAUGUUCCCUUUUGCAUAGACUGGGAAACCGCUAUAAACCCUUUCUUCUUAAGAUUGGGGGGUCUUUAUAAGCCCUGGUUGGACCACGCUGUUCUCUUCUCUCUCUACCCGACCUUUCUCUCAGACCCAGCGGCACAGAGAGAAGAGGUGUGUUUUGGGAGUAGGAAAAAUGCUUCUGUUAUUUGAGACUCCUGCUGGUUUUGCCCUUUUCAAAGUAUUGGAUGAAGGGAAGCUCUCCAAAGUUGAGGAUUUGUGGAAGGAUUUCUCUAGUUCCGACUCAGCCAGAAAGGUGGUAGAGCUGAAAGCUUUUUCCAAGUUUGAAAAUACAUCAGAAGCUUUGGAAGCCGCAACCCUGUUGAUUGACAGCAAACCAAGUAAGGGGCUGCGGAAGUUCUUGCGUGCUCAUUGUGAUGGUGAGAAAUUGGCUGUGGCAGAUUCGAAGCUUGGAAACAUCAUUAAGGAAAAACUGAAAAUAGAAUGUGUUCAUGACAAUGCUGUUAUGGAGUUGAUGAGAGGAGUGAGAAAUCAGCUGACCGAACUCAUAUCAGGUCUAGCAGUUCAAGAUUUAGCACCAAUGAGCUUGGGCUUAUCUCAUAGCCUCUCUAGAUACAAGCUGAAGUUCAGUGCUGAUAAGGUUGAUACAAUGAUCAUUCAAGCCAUUGGUUUGCUUGAUGAUCUUGAUAAAGAGCUGAACACCUAUGCAAUGAGAGUCCGAGAAUGGUUUGGUUGGCAUUUUCCAGAGCUUGCUAAGAUUGUACAGGACAACAUCCUUUAUGCCAAGACAGUGAAGCUGAUGGGUAACCGCGUAAAUGCUGCAAAGCUUGAUUUCUCUGAGAUAUUACCCGACGAUGUUGAGACAGAAUUGAAGGAAGCAGCUAUGAUCUCCAUGGGAACUGAAGUUAGUGACAUUGAUUUGAUCAACAUCAAAGAACUCUGUGACCAAGUACUCUCUCUUUCAGAGUACAGAGCUCAACUUUAUGAUUACUUAAAAAGUAGGAUGAAUACCAUUGCCCCGAAUUUGACUGCUCUUGUUGGAGAGCUAGUUGGUGCUCGCCUCAUUGCUCAUGGGGGUAGCUUGUUGAACCUUGCAAAGCAGCCUGGGAGUACGGUUCAGAUUCUUGGGGCUGAAAAGGCUCUCUUUAGAGCUCUAAAGACCAAACAUGCAACUCCUAAAUAUGGUCUUAUUUACCAUGCAUCACUUAUUGGUCAGGCAGCUCCAAAGCUGAAGGGAAAAAUUUCAAGGUCACUUGCUGCAAAAACUGCACUGGCAAUUAGAUGUGAUGCUCUUGGAGAUAACCAAGAUAACUCAAUGGGACUAGAGAAUCGAGCCAAGCUUGAGGCACGGUUGAGGAAUCUUGAGGGAAGAGAAUUGGGUCAUUUUGCUGGAUCAGCUAAAGGAAAACCUAAGAUAGAAGUCUAUGAUAAGGAUCGGAAGAAGGGAACUGGUGCCUUGAUAACUGCUGCUAAGACCUAUAAUACUGCAGCAGAUUCCGUACCUGGACAAUCAACAAGUAAUUCUGCUCAGCAUCAAGAAGAAGCAAUCCCAAAGAAGAAUGCUGCAGUAACAGCGGAGGAGGCUCCUGAAACAGGUAAAGAUAAAAAAGAGAAGAAGAAAAGGAAGAAGAAGGCUGAUGAUGAGGAAACCGCAUUGCCUGAUGGAAAUGCCAAUGCACAAGAAGAAGAUAAAAAAGACAAGAAGAAAAAGAAGAAGAAGAAGAAGGCUGAUGACGAGGACACCGCUGUGCCUGAGGGAAAUGCCAAUGCACGAGAAGAGGAAGAAGAGCUCGGGAGGAAGAAAAAGAAGAAACAUUCAGCCAAGAAUGUUCAGGUACAGGAUGUCAUUGAAGAUGUCGAACAGGCAGAGAAGAAGAAGAAGAAAAGAAAACAUACUGAAGAAGAAGAAUCUGAAACACCCAUUAAGAAAGAUAAGAAGAAGAAGAAGAAGAAAAGUGAGGAUUGAGAAGUAUCAAAAAGUUGUAAUGACUGGUAACCCAACAAUUUUGGUUUAUUUAAGACAGUUGUUCUAUAUGUAAAAAUUUUCUUGUUGGUGUA